AUCUUGACUCAUCUCAUUUUUACCUCACAAAACAUUUACUUAUAGAAACUUAGGACAUAGGUAAUAUAGCACCGCUUUGGUAUCUCGGAUGGCCCCAAUCACUGCGUCAUCGUUCUGAACGGUCUAUUCCGAAUGGUAAGCCAACCUUAAGACCUAAACAUUGGCAAUAUCUACCUAGGUACCCAGGUACCUGGUUAUAGAGCAUCUACCUCCGCGCCGGGUAUAUUUUAUCUACAUUUUAACCGACAAAGCAUCAUGGGCUUCCUCGAAUUUAUAUCCGCUGUGUUCGGAUGGAUCUAUACGCUAUCAUGGUCGUUAUCAUUCUACUCGCAACCACUACUAAAUAUUCGGAGGAAAUCAACCUCCGGAACUACCGUAGAUUUCCCAUUUAUCAACACUCUCGGCUUUCUUGCCUAUCUCAUCUAUAAUGCUGUAUUUUACUCAUCUCCAGUUAUCCGACAUCAGUAUGCUUUACGAAAUAAUGACCACACGCCGACUGUCGCAGUUAACGAUAUUGUCUUUGCUGCUCAUGCACUUGUUGUCUGUUCGAUCUUAACUACUCAGUACUUCUUGCCCGCUAUUUGGGGGUUUGAUCGUGCCCCUGGCACUCGCCCAUCUCGGCUCAUAUUGGGUGUUGCGAGCGGAUCGUUUGUCGCCGUUGCCAUCAUCAUCCUCGUGGUGCUAUCCACGCCCUCAGAUGCGGACCCUAAGACUUCGUGGGCAUGGCUAGACGUUAUCUAUACCAUCUCAUACGUCAAGCUGCUCAUUACUCUUGUUAAAUAUGCACCGCAGCUGGUGUACAACUUCAAAAAUCACAGCACAAAAGGGUGGAGCAUCUGGCAGAUACUGCUAGAUUUUCUGGGUGGCAUGUUGAGUAUCGCACAGUUGAUGAUAGAUUCUUGGCUACAGGGCGACUGGUCUGGAGUCACGGGUAACCCAGUCAAGUUUGCGCUGGGAAAUGUCAGCAUGCUCUAUGAUCUGGUGUUCAUGACCCAGCACUACAUACUCUACCGUGACGAUAGUUUAGUGAAGAAUAGCGAGGAAGAUUCGCUUCUUGAGAGAGGCGAUGGUCGCCGAAGAUUAGACUAAGCCUAUGAUGGGCGAGCAAUAUCAAACAUCACUUAGGUAUGGCUGAAUUGUUAUUUGAGGUCUCCAAACUUGGGCGUAUUCUAUGACGGUGAUUCGAAGCUUGCCGAGCCGCCUUAAAGAAAGUGUUAUUGGGGUGAUUGUAGAUGUUGGGAGAAUAAGUUGUUCAUGCAUUCAUUUAACUUACUGGGAAUUGGUAGAGAUGGUAAGAUUCAUCGUUGUAGAUGAUUUGACUGAAAUGAAAGUGGAUUAGGGGUUACGCGAAGAGGCUAAGGAAUUAAUAGUCGCUUGAUUAGAGUACACUGUCGAAUUUUUUAGUUGCCAGGGCUGAAAGUUCGAUAGAAAAAUCUAUUUGCCCUAGCUACGAGUGUAAUAGAAGCCGUCUAUCUACCUAUACGUAUCCAUUCUUUAGAAUGGAGAAAAGUUUCAUCUUCACCGAAGGGGGUUUUAACAUGUUAGGUUAGUCCACUAGUUUUCGACGUCGUUAGACGAUGCUAACAGCAAAAACUGGUUGAAGUAAAGAAGGAUA